AUGCAUGCCCGCCCAAGUCCGCUUUCGGCGGUUUCGCGACCACAGGACCCCAUAGCGACGUCGCAUCCACGGCCCCUACCCGCUCCGCGAACUAUGGCUCCGUCGCAUCAGAACCUUUUGCCUUCGGCUCCCGCGAGCCCUCCUACUCCCGCACCAUCGCCUACCCCCCAGAUCCAUCGGUUACCGACCUGGUCGACCGCGAAUGAGAACGAAGAUACUUUUCUGAGAGAUGCGCGACCUCAUUUCAGCAAGCUUGACUCGCAGGAGAGGCAGCGGUUUUUGGCAGAGAUCUUGAAUCUCUGCGACUCGCAGCAGCUCAGUUUUGUGCUCAACUACGUCUCGCCACGGCUCAAGAAAGAUCCCUUCAAGACGUUGCCUAAUGAAUUAUGUCUUCGAGUUCUCUCUUUCAUAGAUGAUCCGAAAACUCUGGCGAGAGCCUCCCAAGUGUCGAAACAGUGGCACGGCUUGCUAAGCGACGACCUUACCUGGAAGAAGCUUUGCGAGAAACACAGCUACAGACGACUCAGCAGCUCCACAUCUUUGGGCCCGUCCUAUUCGAGUAACCAGAACGACGCCUAUCUUAAUAAUGCAGGCCCGGCGUUCCCGAGAGAACCAACGUUCUCGGCCGUAAACGUCAACAAUUCGGGCUUUAUCUCGGAGAUCGCCCCGCAAUACAACGCUCAAAACAAAAGACUCAGACCGAAAGCGACGUCCUACAAAUCGCACUUCAAGCAGAGGUACAUGGUUGAAACUGCAUGGAGGACCGGUGGAAAGGCGAUCGCGAGGCAAAUUACUCCUGAUCAGGGUGUUGUCACGUCUCUUCAUCUUACACCCGAUUACAUCGUCAUCGCUCUGGACAACGCACGGAUACAUGUCUUCGACGCAGAUGGUCAAAGCUUGAAGACUCUGACUGGGCACGUGAUGGGUGUGUGGGCUAUGGUUCCGUGGGGAAAGACGUUGGUCAGUGGUGGCUGUGACAGGGACGUUCGCGUAUGGGAUAUGGAGACUGGUGAAUGCAAAAACAUCCUCCGUGGUCACACAUCGACCGUUCGAUGCCUCAAGAUGAGUGACUACAAAACCGCAAUCUCUGGUUCCCGGGAUACCACCCUCCGCAUCUGGGACAUCGAAAAGGGCGUCUGCAAGAACGUGCUGGUCGGUCACCAGGCGAGCGUACGUUGUCUGGAGAUUCACGGGGACCUUGUCGUCAGUGGAAGUUAUGAUACCACAGCGCGAGUGUGGAGCAUAUCGCAAGGGACAUGCCUGAGAACCCUUUCGGGUCAUUUCAGUCAGAUAUACGCUAUUGCAUUCGACGGAGACCGGAUCGCCACUGGAUCGUUAGACACUUCGGUCAGAGUUUGGAAUCCCCACACUGGAAACUGCCUGGCCGUCCUGCAGGGUCACACCUCACUGGUUGGACAGCUACAAAUGCGCGGAAAUACGCUUGUAACCGGAGGCUCCGACGGUUCGGUUCGCGUCUGGAGUCUCGAGAGAAAUGCUUGCGUGCACCGCCUUGCAGCACACGACAACAGCGUUACAUCUCUGCAGUUCGACGAGACCCGCAUCGUUAGUGGUGGUAGUGAUGGCAGGGUCAAGGUUUGGGAUCUCCGGACCGGAACACUGGUUCGGGAGUUGUCCAGUCCUGCUGAGGCCGUCUGGAGGGUUGCAUUUGAAGACGAAAAGGCGGUAAUUUUGGCUAUGAGAGCUACUCAGACCAUCAUGGAGGUCUAUUCGUUCUCGCCGCCACCAGAAGCACUCAACGAAUACUACCACUCGUCGAGUCCGGGAUCCGAACGGUCAAAUAUUGACUUCGAGCAAGAGGACGAUACCAUCAUCGAUGACACCGCCAUGGAUGAGGGCGAUGCGCUCUACGGAAUGGAGGCUUAG